CAUGUGGUGAAAGAGGAGAAGACCUGGGCAGCAGCUCAGCAGUACUGCAGAGAGAACUUCACUGACCUGGCCACCAUAGACAACAUGACACAGAUGAGGGAGAUCAAGAGAGAGAUGCAGGAUGCAGGUGUUGGGGAGGGGUGGAGGGUUUGGAUUGGGCUGAAGUAUGGGGGCAGCCUUAAGUGGCAGUGGUCUCUGGCUGAUGAGGGAUUCUAUGGAGAGAAUGAGACUGAGUUCCGGAACUGGAAUACAGGGCACAACUCCACACACCCCUAUGUGCUGGUUCAAGAAUGGAAGACAUGGAGGGAUGCUCAGAGGUACUGCAGAGACGAAUACACCGACCUGGCCAGCCUGAGGAACCAGACAGAAAACGACAAGAUCUACUCAGACAUACUUAGCGGAUUAGGAAACAAAUCCUAUCCCUGGAUAGGCCUGUUCAGAGAUGCCUGGGAGUGGUCAGAUGGCAGCAACUCCUCAUUUCGCCACUGGGCCCCUGAAGAACCCAACUUUGGUGUGGCAAACACUGAAAAUACAUUUUGUGCACGGAUGACGUCCAGUGGGCUGUGGAUCGACGCAGGCGAGCAGCAUGAAGCUAACUUCAUCUGUUAUGAAGACCAGCUGGUCCUGGUGAACGAGCAAAAGACCUGGAAGGAGGCUCUGGAGUACUGCAGAGAGCACCAUGAGGACCUGGUGUCUGUGACCUCUGAGAAGAUCCAGCGCUGGGUGGAGGGGUGGGCCAAAGGAGCUUCGACUCCCUACGUGUGGCUGGGCCUGCGCUACUCCUGCAACUUGGGCUUCUGGUUCUGGGUCAGUGGAGAAAUAAUCUGGGACUAUGACAACUGGGCCUCAGAUCAUGAGAAAGAUAGGGGCUGUACACACAAGGUGGGGGCAGUGACUAGAGAGUGGGACAAGUGGGUCAGCUUUGAAGAGAACGCCAAACACAACUUCAUAUGCACCAAGGAAGAUAAUUACAAAAAAAUACCCAAUGCUACAGUGGUGGUGGUGUCCUCUCCUCCCUUCUACUCUGGAGAUGUCGUCACCCUCAGGUGUGACAUAUCAGAGUACUCAGACUGGCAUCGGUACAGCUGGCUAAAGGACAACAGCCCAGUUCCUGGUAAGACUAGUCAGACCAUCAACAUCACACUCCCCCUAGAGGCAGGUCAGUACCAGUGCAGUGGGCAGAGAAAUGGUCCCUCAAUGACAUCAUCAGUAAGCAGCUCGGUCGACGUCGUCAGCAAUGCUUAG